GAACCAGGAAAUCCUGUGCAACCAGUUUCCAGGGAAGCAACAAAUACAAGACAAUUUUCUCACGGAAAUAUUUCCACCAUGGCGAGGUUACCACUCUCAAUAAAACCGCCAUUCGAUCCCUCACAAGGGACAUCAUCAGUGAUAACACAGCCUGGGCAGCCUGCUAGCCUUGCAACACCUCUAACACUUGCAAUCUCACCUGAAUCUGACACAAGAAAUUCUGCAAAUCACAGAGAAAAUGACAGCGGUUCUUUGCUUUUGGCAAGAAGAAGAGAUGGUACUUAUUUCCCCUCUCACUCAAGCAUUCUUUCAAUUUCACGUCGCAAGAAGACAGCUCGAAAAUCAGUUUUCCAACGUAAAGUCUCUCCAACCUCCAGUCCUAAUCCUAUGCUGCAUAGGAAGGCCAUGCAUGGAGAAGUAAUUUAUUCAACCAAUUUACUGUCCAGGAAAAACAGGGAAGGUUUUGAUGCAGCUGCAAAUGAGUCUAUGAAUCAUCCUGAAGCAGUUGAUUCCCCAGGACUGUGUGACAGCACUGAAAAUGGAAACUAUCGCCCUUCCCUUCACGGAACAGGGGAAGAGAUGGAAACAGAAAGCAAUCAUAGAGACAUCUAUAGCAGUGAUACUGUAGCAGCAUUUUCAGUUGAAGAUUCAGCAGGGUUUCCCAAUUUUCCAAAUCUUGAAAGCUCUUCAACAAAUGGGUCAAGCCCUGCCAUCAGUGAUGGCCAUCCAGCUGUUAUUGAUAUCCACAGUGACUCAAGGGAGACAAGUGGUGGAGAAAAUGACUCAGACUCAAACUUUGUUAGUUCAGAGAACAGUCCUCCACAAAACCAUGCCGCCCAAAUGAAGAGCUCACAUAGAAAUGGUCAGCAAGGUUCUCACAUACUAGAUAUCGAUGAAGCACAGUCCUUCCAUCCAAAAACGGCAAUUGUAGUCUUACCAAACACAAUCCAAGUUAAGACAGAACCCAAUGAAGUUCUUUCCAUGUCAAAUGGCCACUCACCAGAGCCAAAUACUGAGGAGAGAAGUCAACCACACUUGCGUAGUAGUCCUGAAAGAGAAAAUAGAAGCUUGGGUCCCUCUGUGCAGAAUUAUACCUUUAGUCAACAAGUCUUACCAACAAGUUCUCAAGAUGGCCUUCCCAAUUCAGCACCUGUUCAUUCAGGUCCAUCUCUGCCGCAAGUUGUUGAUGUUGUUGGUGCUUGUCCAGAUCAGGAGGACCAUACAGAGAGCUCAGCAACACAUCCUCCAGGUGGACCUUACCAGGACAUGAAGGAGUACAGUUGUGACAUAUGCCAUAAGCAGUUUGACUCUGCGAACUCUUUACUUCGCCAUAAACGUUCCCACACUGGAGACCGGCCCUACAUCUGUAAAAUCUGUGGGUGGGGCUUUAACUUAAGUGGCAAUUUGAACCAGCAUCUAGCAAUUCACCAAAAGGUCAAGCCUUUUAAGUGUGUCUACUGCGGGAAAACCUUUGCUCGUUCCAAUGUGUUGAAGGCUCAUGUCCGAUGCCAUACAGGAGAACGGCCGUUUCAGUGCCAGUUAUGCGGAAGCAAGUUCAUCAUUGGUCAUAACUUAAAGAAACAUAUGGUGACCAGACAUGGAGUCAAGGAAGAUGACAGAAUCUUUUCACAAAAUGAUGCCCCCGAGGACAACGGGAGAUCUCACAGUAGCGUGUUCUCACAAAAUAGUACCUCGGAAAUCAAUGGUAGGUAUCAAAGAAGUGACAACAGUGAAAAUGUCAGCAUACCAAAGUCGCAAUCAUAAAGAUAUAAUGUUGUAUUAACUAUUUUUCUCUGAAUGCUGUUAAAAGAUUAUUUUUAAUGCAUGAGAUAUCUACCAGACAUUAUCUGAGCUUCUUACACUUUUAAACCAAUUUUAGAGAUUUUACUUUGAUUAUAUAUAUUAAGUUUAUCUUAGGAUAAUUUAUUUUCUCCAAAGUAUGAAAAUAGCAAUUAUAAAUUUUGAGAAAUCGUUUGGUCAUUAAUUAAUUUUGGUCAUAACACACUAACAAAAUAAAGACAAAUACAUUGACCGUUUCACUCCCAGGAUUGACCAAGCCUUACUUUCUCCAGACAAUAUCCACAUAUUUUCAAACAUGAAGGUGAUGAGUUGUAUAAAGCAUCAACUUAGGGAUAUCACAUGAUUUCUCACCAAAUUCUCAGAUCUGAAACAUAAGAGAUGUGUGGCAGUCAGUGUGGAGAAUUGAUAUUCAGAUCUUGGGAGUGAAAUGGUUCUUAGUGUGAAAGAUGCAUGUCUUAUUAACAGCUUUCUCUUUCUAUUGGGAAAACAGACAGCAUGAGUGCUGUUCUAUAUUUUAUUGAAAUUAUUUAAGAAGACUCACGAAUUAGUGAUGAAAGAUUUAUAAAAGAGGGAAAGUAUCACCUUUUUUUUUUUGUUGUUUUUCUGUGCUAAUUUUUGUUCCCUUCAUUGUUCUAGUAUUGCAUUUAAAAUUGAUUUUAAACAUUCAGAUGUAAAGUUUUAAGUAAGGAAAUUAUGUUUAAAUAAAUGGGUUUUUGUAUAUCCAAAGUAACUUGUAAUCAUUUCACAUUGAAGAAGAGGAAAAUAUUAUGAUUAGGUAGCAAAUCUGCUGGUGUACUCUCAGUGAUCCAGGGGUUUCAGAGAAAGCCUGUUGCCAUUUGUCUACUUCUGCCUGUAAGACCUUUCACUGUCAUCCGUCUAACCUGCAAGCAGACUUGUGUUUGGGUUUAUCCUUACAGGACAGCUGUCUGUUAGACCAUGGGCAGCCUCUUAUGGGAAAGGUUACUGAAACCCCUGCUGUUCGCAGAAGUUAUUAUUUAUCUAUGACUUGAUACUAUUGACUCCCCUGAGUGAACAAGACAUAAUUUCUCCUUACAAUAUCAAUACAAUAUCAAGUAGACAAGUGAUGAGAAUAAAGAAACACCAUUAGUUGAUCCAAUACCAAAUUCUCUGAUCUAACAUCAUGAUAAUUGUCUGGAAGACAGUAAGGAGAAUUACUAAUGAGAUCUUUGGGGGGGAGAGUCAAGCGGAAACUUGACACACAGUCAGCUCAGAGGUGUGCAUAAGUUUCAGGCUUUAUCUUAAUCGAGUAAUAGUGAAUUUUGAUGAAACUUUUCACAAUGAAUGUACAUGGACACUGUAUCACAUAGACAUUAAUAUAAAUGAGUAUUCAAAUUUUAUUAUGUUUUAAGAGAGUGUUGCUUUAUUUUUUAAUGGAAGGCAUUGAAUAUAUUAAGCAAUUGGCGAAGCUAGGAAAGGUCUUGGGAGAAACAAGCAAGUACACAGGGUUGUCAUUAGAAAAUGUAAUGGUUGUAUGAUCUGACUAAGGCAGCUGAAUUGAAUUAUGCUUCAGAAGCAAGCAUGAUGUCAUGUACAAAGUGAAAUGCCCUUUCUAGUUGAAGCUAUAUGAGAUGCGAUCUAGGAUCAGUUCAGUAACCAGCAUAAAUUGGUCUGACAUCUACUGGGUUUCGCCCUCCUGCCGGCUCCUAAUGACAACUCUGAAUAUCAGCCAUAGAGGAUACUUUCUGCUACAACAUUUCAGGCUUUGCAUUAGCUGUACCAUCUAAUAAAAAUCCUAAUUUAUGUUAAAAUCAAGGAAUUAUUGUAUUUAGAUUUUAACCAAUUUAAAGUAUGCACAUGUUUAUUUUAUGACUGUAAUUUUUAAAUGGAUUGUUUUGUUACUGUGUAAUAUAUGCUGUCAAGUUAACUUUAUUUUUCCAAACAAAUAUUCUUAAUAAUAAUAUUGUUUCUUGGUCCAAAACUUGUUGCUGUGACAGAAAAGUGUCUUGUUGUGUAUUUAUAACAUAAUCACAGAAUUUAUGUAGACAGAGAAUUAUAAUUUCACUAAAACAGACUAUUUUUCCAUUUUUUGUGUACUCAAUAAGUAUUUCCUGUCAGAUAUUUUGCUAUAUUUAUUGCCAUCCUGAAGAACCAGGGAAACUUCAAAUAGCACUGAAUGCCAGCUAAAGUAAUAAAAGAUUAUUAAAGGCC